AAGUCCUCGUGCUUGGUUUGAAAAUUUUAGUCAGGUUGUUGAAAAAUUUGGUAUGAUGAAGAGCAAGUUUGACCAUUCUGUGUUCUAUAAGUAGUCAAUAGCUGGUAUCAUUCUAUUAGUUGUGUAUGUGGAUGAUGUUGUUAUCAUUCGAAGUGAAACUACGGGAGUUUCAUAUAUUAAAUCUUUCAUUCAUACUCAAUUUCAUACGAAAGACUUGGUGCUGAAGUAUUUCUUAGGUGUUGAGAUUAUGAGGGGUAAAAAAGGUAUAUACCUAUCUUAGAGAAAAUAUGCUCUCGACUUAUUAACUGAGAUAAGAAAAUUGGGGGCAAAGCCUUGUAGUGCUCCAAUGACUCGGAACAUUCAUUUCACAAGAGAAGGGGAACUAUUUGAACAUCUUGAAAGAUAUCGAAGAUUAUUUGGGAAAUUGAAUUACCUUAUCAUAACUCGUUCGGAUAUUGCAUAAUCAGUUAGUAUUGUAUAUCAUCUCCAACCAUUCAUCGUUGGGCAGCAUUAGAAUAAAUUUUGUGUUACUUGAAUGCAACACCCAGACGAGGUAUCGUAUAUAAAAAUCAUGGGCACACUUAUAUUGAAUGUUUUUUGGAUGCAGAUUGGGCAUAUUCCAAAAUGGAUAGAAGAUCUACUUCAGGUUAUUGUAUCUUUGUUGGAGGAAAUUUAAUUUCAUGGAAGAGUAAGAAGCAAAAUGUUGUGUCAUGAUCAAGUGCAAAGUCAGAAUACAGGGCUAUGACACAGUCUCUUUGUGAGAUAAUGUGGAUAUAUCAACUCUUGAUUAAAGUAGGACUUAAAAUUUCAGUACUAGUAAAAUUGUGGUGUGAUAACUAAGUUGCUUUUCAUAUUGUAUCGAAUCCUGUGUUUCAUGAGCGAGUUAAGCACAUUGAAAUUGAUUGUCACUUUGUUCGUGAGAAAAUUCAACAAAACUUGAUUUUUACAAUAUAUGUGAAGAUUGAAGAACAACACGGGGACAUAUUCACAAAAGUUCUAAGUGGAGUUCGGGUUGAUUAUCUUUGUAACAAGUUGAGUAUGAUUAAUAUCUAUGCUCCAACUUGAGGGGAAGUAUUAUAUAUAAUAGUUACCAUAUUUGUAUAUACUAUUUGUUACCAUAUUAUCUAUAUAUAUUAGGUAAUAUAUAUAGGUGAAUUAGGCAAAUUUAUCAAUUAGUCUAAUUAUAGUUUCCUAAGAUAGAUUGUAGUUUGUAUAUAAAUAUAUCUGCUCUUCAAUAAAGAAGAUAUUCUUUUUUCUCAAAAUCAUCAGUGUAGUUUCAAGAAGAUGUCUAUUCUUACGUUCAGCCAAACCAUUUUGUGAUGGAGUAUCAAUAUAAGAGGUUUCAUCAAGCAUGUCAUUUUAACUCAUAUGAGAUUGGAAUGAACCGGAUGUAUAUUCCUUGGCAUUAUCACUUCGUAAAGUACGGAUGGACGUAUUGAACUUGAUUUUAAUCUCAACACAGAAGACACAAAACAAAGAAAAUAACUCAGAACGAUUUUCCAUUAAAUAUAACCAAGUUACACGAGAAUAAUCAUCCACAAAAGUUACAAAAUACCUAAAAUCAGGUUUAGACAAAAUAGGACAAGGACCUCAAAUAUUAGAAUGAACUAAUUCAAAAGGAAUAGUAGCACGUUUAUUUAUUCUAGGACUCGAAGUAAGACGGUGAUAUUUUGCAAACUGAUAUUACUCACAAUCUAAUGAAGCCACCUUACCAUAUUGUGGACAAAGCUUUUUGAGCAAAGGGAGAGAUGUAAUUUCUACAACAAUGUUUUCUCAUUAAUCGCAUGUCAUCCUUUGUUCUUUAUGGUGAGAUUCUUUACAAAAUCUUUUUUCCCUGUAAGCUGUUGUUUCCUGUUAAACCUAGGAUAUUUGGUAGGUGGUAGCACUUGUUUUGUUUGAGAUGUUCAUCCGCAUAUCACUAAAUUAGAUCCUAAGUCUUUAAAGUAUAUCUUUCUUGGUUAUUCUUGUCUUUAGUAAGGUUAUAGGUGUUAUUGUUCCAGUAUUAACAAAUAUCUUGUCUCAAUUGAUGUUACUUUUAUGGGAGAUACACCUUAGUUUCUAUCCUCACCUAUUUCGACUUGUCAGAGGGAGGAUGAUGAUUUGUUGAUGUAUUCUAUCACAUCCUCUACACUCGUCCCAGAAUCGACUCUUGUCAAGCCUCCUAUUAUUUAAGUUUACUCUAGACAUCAACCUCUUGAUUCAUGUCCUACACCUACUACAUCGUCAUCAGAUCAAGUCCCGAGCAAUGAUCUUCCUAUUGCGUUACGUAAAGGUAAACGCCAGUGUACUUAUCCUACUUCUUCUUUUGUUUUUUAUAACAACUUGUCAUCUUCCUCGUGUUCUUUUAUUGCUUCACUUGACUCUAUCUCUAUUCCUAAAAUUGCCCGUAAUGCUAUAUCUUAUCCUGGUUGGAAAGAUGCAAUAAUAUAGGAGAUGAAUGCUUUGGAUGACAAUGACACUUGGGACUUGACUGAUCUACCUUAUGGGAAAUGGACUAUUGUAUGCAAAUGAGUAUUUGUAGUUAAGGUGAAUCCAGAUGGAUCGGUUGCCAGAUUAAAAGCACAUCUUGUUGCUAAAGGCUAUGCUUAAACCUAUGGUGUGAAUUAUUCUGACACUUUUUCUCCUGUCACAAAGUUGACAUCUGUUCGAUUGCUUAUUUCAAUGGCUGCUACUCAUAAUUAGCUUUUACAUUAACUUGAUAUCAAGAAUGCUUUUCUUUAUAGUGAUCUUCAAGAGGAGGUGUAUAUGGAGCAACCUCCUAGGUUUGUUGCUCUAGGAGAGUUAGGGAAAGCUUGUCGUCUUUGGAAAGCUUUGUAUGGUUUAAAACAAAGUCCUCGUGCUUGGUUUGAAAAAUUUAGUUAGGUUGUUGAAAAAUUUGGUAUGAUGAAGAGCACGUCUGGCCAUUCUGUGUUCUAUAAACAGUCAGUAGCUUAUAUCAUUCUAUUAGUUGUGUAUGUGGAAGAUAUCGUUAUCACUGGAAGUGAUACUACAAGAAUCUCAUAUCUUAAAUCUUUCAUUCAUACUAAAUUUCAUACGAAAGACUUGGUGAUGAAGUAUUUCUUAGGUGUUGAGAUUAUGAGGAGUAAAAAAGGUAUAUUCCUAUCUUAGAGAAAUUAUGUUCUUGACUUAUUAAUCGGGACAUGAAAAUUGGGGGCAAAGCCUUGUAGUGCUCCAAUGACGCAGAAUAUGCAUCUCAUAAGAGAAGGGGAACUAUUUGAACAUCUUGAAAGAUAUCGAAGGUUGGUUGGGAAGUUGAAUUACCUUACCGUAACUCGUUUGGAUAUUGCAUAUUCUGAGUGUUGUCAGUCAGUUUAUGUCAUCUCCAACCAUUCAUCAUUGGGCAGCGUUAGAAUAAAUUUUGUGUUACUUGAAGGGAGCAUCCGGAUGAGGUAUCGUAUAUAAAAAUCAUGGAUACACUCAUAUUGAAUGUUUUUCAUAUGCAGAUUGCGCAUGUUCCAAAAUGGAUAGAAGAUCUCCUUCUGGUUAUUGUAUCUUUGUUAGAGGAAAUUUAGUCUCAUUGAAGAGUAAGAAGCAAAAUAUUGUAUAACAAUCUAGUACAGAGUCAGAAUACAGGGCUAUGACAUAGUCUGUGUGUGAGAUAAUAUAGAUAUUUCAGUAUCAGUAAAAUUGUGUUGUGAUAACCAAGCUGCUCUUCAUAUUGCAUCGAAUCUUGUGUUUUAUGAGCGAACUAAGCACAUUGAAAUUGAUUGUCAAUUUAUUUGUGAGAAAAUUUAACAAAAUUUGAUCUCUACAGGAUAUGUGAAGACUGAAGAACAAUUCGGGGACUUAUUCAUAAAAGCUUUAAGUGGGGUUCGAGUUGAUUAUCUUUGUAAUAAGUUGGGUAUGAUUAAUAUCUAUACUCCAACUUGAAGGGGAGUAUUAUAUAUAAUAGUUACCAUAUUUGUAUAUACUAUUUGUUACCAUAUUAUCUAUAUAUAUAGGUGAAUUAGAUAAAUUUAUUAAUUAGUCUAAUUAUAGUUUCCUAAGAUAGAUUGUAGUUUAUGUAUAAAUAUACCUACUCUUUAAUAAAGAAAAUCAUCUUUUUUCUCAAAAUCAUCAUGGGGGAUGGUGGGUGAAAGGAAAAAGAAUCCCUCGUGACGAGGUCAAGUAGAUGAACUCCAGCUUGAUGUGGGUUGGUGAGAUCAAGUAGAUGAGGUUGAGUAGACAAAGUUGGCAAAGAAGAUGUAUUAAUGGGGGUUGGCAAAGUGAAGACUCAGCACGAGUGGCGACAAGUAGGCUUGGUGGGGACUGCCAAUGGUAGAGUCUUAGUAGGGGUUGAAGAUGAUGGAGGCUCAAUAAUGGUCAAAGAUUAGCAGGUGUGGGUGUAGGGACAUGCAAUCUGCAGAGAAGGCGUGAUUGAUGGUUAAAAUUGCCUAUUGGCGCUCAAUCCCUUCUCUUCCAUCAAACAAGUAGAUAACAGUAGAUCCUCUCCUUUCCCUCCAUCCUGUUCUUUACUCCUACUUCCCUUUAGCUUCCCCUCCUUAGAUUACACAGAAUGUAAGGAGAAAAUUCCUUGUUGGAUCUGGGUUAUGCUGUAAAUAUGACCAGUUUUGUAUAAUAUCGGAUGUCUCCGAAGAGACUCCAAUUUUGUAUAAUAACAUCUAUUGAUUGUGGUUUUAUAACAGUCCCAGUAGUUGCCUUUUAAAUUUUCAGAAGUGUUUACAUUACUCUACUGUUGUAUAUUUACAAUUUAUAUCUUUGAUGGUUUGAAUUAAUUGAAAAUGCUAGAAAUGAAAUUCAAAAUUAUACUAGAGAAGUUAUGCUAGAUAGUACGAACGACCAAUAAAUGUUUUAAUUAACAAAUACGCACAUUAAACAAGGAAGAGGAAAAUCAAAGAAGACUUUGUUAGAAAAUAUAAAACAAGAUAAUAUUUAUUUAAAUAUAGAUGACGAUAUAAUAGGGGAUAGAGUCUAAUGACGUAGAAGGAUCCAUAUAGCUUACUCCACCUAGUAGAUUAAGACUUGGUUGUGGUUGUAUGCUAGAAAAGUUAUUUGAAAUACAAUCUUUACCAUACAUUGUUAUCUUCUAUGCAAUCCUCUUAACUCAUCUAAAUGCCAGUCUUAACAUAUAUGAAGCAGGUAGCUUAAAACAGUCAAUAAAGAGGCUGAUUAUAACUGACAUCAGAACUUUGUGCAAUCAUGGAGCAAGGGAGAUCUCAUGAUUAUAGGAACCAUGGUGGAAACUAUAUUUUGUUAAGAGAUGAAGAUCCUCGACUGACAAAGUUUGACAAGCGUCUUCCAUGCUUUGGCUGUGGUAUAGGGUGGUCCUGUUUGCUUUUGGGAUUUUUGUGCCCAUUGAUAUGGUACUGUGCUGCAAUUUUCUAUCUGUGCAAAUACUACGACAAGGAUCCACGUGAGCGAAGUGGGCUAGCUGCUUGUGCAAUAGCUGCAUUGGUCUGUACAAUUCUAGCCUUCAUCGUGGUAGCUGUAUUCUUCUUCUAGUCGAUCUCCAAUUUUCGAUCAAAUUUGGGCUGCAUUACCCCCAUAGAGUCACCUGAAUGGGAAGAUAAAGGCACUGCCAAUCUACGAGUUUCCCCAUCAUUCAACAUAUGUUCAUUUCUUUCAUUCUAUAUACUCAUGUUGUAUCAUUGUAGGAAACUGCAUUUACAUAUGUAUGUGUGUGUUUUUGCAUUGUAUCAAUACCGACAUUUUGAACUGAGGCAAACAAGAAAUUGCAGCCAUGGUUCUAUUA